UGUUGACCAAGCAAAGAAGGACACCAUGAACCAAGAGAGCGGCGUGGACAAGAUCAAGCGCAAGUUUCGCGAGAACCCGUUCGUGCCGUUGGGCGCAGUGGUGACCACGGUGGUUCUGAUCGGCGGUAUGCGCACCUUCAUGGUCGGCGGCGACUCUCGAACACAGCAAAAGUACAUGCGCGCCCGUGUGGUUGCCCAAGGCGCGACCGUGGUCGCGGUCGCUCUUGGCACCGUGCUGUACGACAAGAACUCUGUCGCGCGAAAGUGGUUGGCAGAAAACGGUAUCGUCUUUCCUGGGGACACGGCCACCACCCCCCCUCCUCCCACGGCGACGACGUCGACUUAAGCCGUUGUAGUAAUACACUCGAUGUGUGUGUACA